UUGAAACUUUCUCUAUAUACUUUUUUCCUUUUGUUUUCCUUCUAUUAUAAUUUUCAUUCAUUAUUGAAAUAAAAAUGUCUUUUAUUGAUUAUCCUUAUUAUUGAUUUCUUUUUUCUAUACUCUGUUUGCCGAGAGACCGGCUUUUGUGACGAAUUAAAACUCAUCGUUUAUCCUUACUAUAACUCUUGACGACUAGGGAGGGCUCCCCUACUUGUCGGCUGUUUUAGAAAGGAGAUUUUCGACGGAGCGCCCGUCAGUCGGAGCUCAAAGUGGGCCGAUUCUCGGUGAACAAAAUAUAACCAACGUUUUUUCAUUUAUCUAUGACCGCUGUUUUUAUAUCUCUGUUUAAUCUUCAUUUAGUACUUUCCCUAUUAUGCUCUUCUCCUUUUUGGUUUUCAUUCGAUUAUAAUUGUCAAUGAUAUAAUUUAUUUUUCCUUUUCAAGUAUCUAUUUUUUCUGAAAAACGUGACUAUCCUCCAUAUUAAGUUUAAUGAUAAUUCAGCACAAAAAAAAUAUAAAUAUAAUAUACUAAGUACAUUAUUAUAUCAUUAUUUUAAACACACAAAAAUAAAAAAAAAAUAAAAACCAAAAAUAAUAACUACAAUUUAUUUUACACAUUUGGUGAGAUCUAUACUUAAACAGUUUAACACGGGGAACGGAAAAUCAGCUAAAUUGUAUAUACUUAUCGGCUGCUGUUUACAGUUAAUACGCCACUGCAAUUAUUGCACUACACAAUAUUUAAAUAAAAUUUACAUGAAAUCUUGGUGAUGGUAAUGGUGCGUGUAAAAUAAUCUUCAUGUUAAUAAUAUUGUGUGCGUUAAAUGUGUGUUGGUGAUCGGGUGUGUAGAAUCGUUUGAUGACGAUGUACGUGUCACGCGAUUUAGUCGUGCGUGAGUGCGUGCGACCAAACUAUAUUAUACAUACGGCGACGAUAAUUAUAAAACAUUUUCUUAAUUAUUAAUUUCGUCCGUCGUACAAGGUAUGCGGUGUCGGGACAUCUAUCAUAAAGACAUAACACUUGGCCAUCGAUCACGGAAUGGACGUGCUGUUAGUUGGACGAAACCCGGACAAGCUGCAAGCCGUUGCCCGACUGAUAAGAAAAGAAUCGGCCGGACGGCGGCGGGUGAUGACGGCCGUGGCGGACUUUACGGAAGAUCCGGUGGCGCGAGACGGGACGGACGACUUAACCCUCCCGGAACCGCAGGUAAGGAUGGACCAGGACGACGACGUGGGCGACCGAUGUUUCUGCAAGCCCGACGGACAGCGGCCAGCCCGUCUCCGGUGCCCCCUGUGGUAUCGGCGGCUGAGGUCCGUCGUCGAGGACCGGUUGCAACCGGCCGGCGGCGUGGGCGUUCUCGUGAACUGCGCGGGCGCUUGUUACCCUCAUCCCGAGUUCUUUGCCGGCAUGACGGCCGACGGUGCCGUCGAGGCCGGAGACGGCGGCGGGCCGGUGCGGUUCACGGCCGACUAUUGCGGUAACGCGGACGCGGCCGUCCGGUGCAACGUGGCCGGGGCGGUGCACGCGUGCCGCCUGGUCCUGCCCGGCAUGUUGGCCCGCGGCCGGGGCCUGGUGAUCAACGUGGGCAGCGCGUCCGCGUCCGUACCGCCGGCCGCUCCUCUGAUGGCCUUGUACGCCGCCACAAAGAAAUUUUUGGAGAAGCUAUCGUCCGAUCUGGACGCCGAGUGCGCGUAUUUGACCAGAGGACGUGACGACGGAAACGACGGGCACGGCGUCCGGGUGCAGUGCGUCAGGCCCGCGUACGUGGCCACGGCCAUGUUGCGAUCCGCCAACCCGGACGUCCGCGUGGUAUCCGCGGAUUGCGAUAACGACCAGGACGAGGACAACGAGGAAGAGUUCGACGACGACGACAACUACGGCGACGGAUGCUGGUGGACUUCCAGAAGGAAGCGGCUGGAAGCCCGAGUGCAGCGGUGGCUGGUCCCAUCGGCCCGCCGUUGGGUGCGGUCGGCGCUCCGGCAAGGAGGACGAUUAUACGCCCGUGGACCGAAUUCGGGACCCGCUAACUUUACCGGGUACUGGCCUCACACUCUACUGGUGUGGUGUGCGGGGUUGGCCAGCGCCUUGACGCCUCGUCGGUGGUUCGUCGACCGAGUGCUGAUCCCGGGAAUGCUCGUGUACCGUACUAAGGGGCGAGCAGCCAUCGCGGCGGAGGAGAGAAGGAAAACGUACAAGCUCGCCGCGGUAGGGGGGCGGCAGGACAAGUCGAGGACGACGAAUUGACAUAAAUACAUCAUCGUCGUCGUCGUCGUCGUCGUCGUCGUACAACAGCGUCUGUGGGUCAUGACAUACCGACGUGGUGGUCAAACGCAACAGCUAUAGACGCAGACGGUGGAGGAUAUAGAUCUCUAAAUUAUUACGCACUACAGCAAUCAAAAUUCCUUAUCGCACUUAACGGCGUAGUACAGUUGAUGAUUACCUUAUUUUUUUCCUACUGUUCGGUUAGUUCAAUUUCGGGGGGGGGGAGGAGGAUGAUGGUUUUUUUAAAAAAAAUUUCAGUUUUCAGAUGCAACUCUAGCCCCUUUAAAAUAGUCAUAACUACAAUAUCUACCAUAUUUAAAAAAAAAACAUUAUAUAAAUGUAUAAAUCGUACAAUUUCACGCUAAAAAAAAACUUGAAUUCACCUCCCUCCCAUACCAUCACCAAGAAAUAAAAUUGUCUAGUUAUAAUAUACUUACAUAAAUUGUUAUUGUUAAAUUGUUACAUUGUACACUAAUAUAUUAUAAUUGUAAUCACAAAUUAAAUAUUAUGCACUUAUUAUAUCAUUUUUUUUUAUAAUAUUGUUAUUCUAUCACAAAGAUUUAUGAAGUAGGUUUUAUAUAAAUUUAAUCAAUAAUGUUAUUCUAUUGUACACAUUCUUAGUACUUACACCGCACGUAUAAUAUAUUAUGUACAUACACAUCUAUUAAAUGUUAAAAUAAAUUUAUUGACUCUGAUUAUGUACAGUUUUUUAAUUGUUUUAAAUUGUAUUCUUAUCUUUUUACUCUUGUUAUAAUUAUACAUGAAUAUCACAUUUAUCAACACAAUUAUGUAAUGUAUUUAUCUUCUUCAAUUACAAUUAUUAUCCGAAACCUA